AUGCUCAAAAGACAGAUCUUGAAGCACAUAAGUUGGAAGACUCAGGCAAAGAAUUAUCUUUUCCAAGCCAUUGAUCGUUCAAUAUUGGAAACAAUUCUUUGCAAGGAUACGUCAAAUAAAAUUUGGGACUCCAUGAAAAAGAAGUACCGGGGAAAUGCAAGGGCAAAGCGAGCACAGCUUCAAACUCUACAAGGUGAGUUUGAGACCUUGCGUAUGAAGUCGGGAGAGUCGGUGUCGGUGUACUUCUCACACACUAUGGCGAUUGUGAACAAGAUGCGGAUUCAUGGAGAAAGGCUGGAAGGUGUCACCAUUGUUGAAAAGAUCCUAAGGUCCAUGUUGCCAAAAUUUAAUUUUGCUAUCUGCUCAAUUGAAGAGUCGACAGAUUUGGAUACUCUUUCACUUGAUAAACUACAAAAUUCUUUGAUGGUUCAUGAGCAGAAAAUUGUUCAACAGGAUGCAGAAGAGAAAGCAUUACAAGUAACAACUACCUCAAAAGAUUCUGGGUGUAGAAGGAGCAAGUGGAAGGGAAGAAACUCAGACAAAGCUGAAGAGGGAAAUAAAAAACAAAUGGUCAACAUGGUUGUGAUCAACGACACUUGUCCAAUGGGAAGGCGAGUCAAGUUUGGGGAUAAUUCUCGCAUUGUUGUCAAAGGAAAAGGGAAGGUGAAACUCCAAACAAAGUCUUUAUCUAUGCAAAUUAUCUCUGAUAUUUACUUUGCACUAGAUUUGAAAACAAAUCUUAUCAGUGUGGAUCAGCUUUACGAAAACGGCUACGAUGUGUCUAUCAAGCAUGGAAUUUGCAGAAUUCAAGAUUCUAAUCAUGGGUUGAUUGUUGAAGCUAAGAUGACUACAAAUAAGCUUUUCCCACUUGAUAUGCAAAAUAUUGGCUCUGCCAACUUUCGUUUUUCAACAAAGUUGAACAGUCAAGCAUGGCUUUGGCACUACAGAUAUAGGCAUUUGAAUUUCGGAGGACUAAAAAUGUUGCAGCAAAAGAAGAUGGUUUCUGGUCUUCCUAAUUUUGAUAGUCCUGCAGAUAUUUGUGAAGAUUGGGAAAAAUCUGAAGCUUUUAUAAGUUUUAAAAGCUUCAAAGCUCUUGUUGAGAAGGAAACAGGAUGCUCCAUAAAGAUUCUUCGUACUGAUCGUGGAGGGAAGUAUCUUUCACAAGAAUUUAUAUUUUUUUGUGAAUCUCAUGGGAUACGUCUGCAACUUACAGCAGCAUAUACUCCUCAAGAAAACGGAGUAUGUGAGAGGAAGAAUCGGACAAUCAUGAAUGUUGUGCGAAGCCUUUUACAAAAGAGCCACGUGCCAAAAGUUUUUUGGCCUGAAGUAGUUUGCUGGAGCGUGUAUGUUUUGAAUAGAAGUCCUUCUCGUGCUAUUCAUAACAUGACACCAGAAAAAGCUUGGAGUGGACAACAACCAGAUGUUCCAGACUUUAGAUUUUUGGCCAUAGGAAGAAAAGCCAAACAACCAACAACUUCUUUGGAUCUUGAUGACGAAUACAAGGAGCAAGAGCAACUAGUAGUUAAUGUAGGUGCUUCUACCUUGGUGCAUCAAGAAGGCAUUAGUUCCCAACCUCAACGAAAUCGAAAACAACCAACAUGGAUGGCAGAUUAUGAGGUGAGUGGAAAUGAUCAAUCUGGAAAUGAAGAUUCACUUAUUUAUUUAGCUUUAUUUUCUGGUUGUGAUCUCGUAAGAUUUGAGGAUGCCUCUAAUGAUUUGAAGUGGCAGAAAGCAAUGGAUGUUGACAUUGCAGUAAUUGAAAAGAACAUUGACAAGUACAAGGCGCGCUUGGUGGUAAAAGGAUACAAGCAAGAGUAUGGUGUUGAUUACAAGAAGGUCUUUGCUCCGGUAUAUGAUGAUCAACCACCUGGUUAUGUGAAGAAUGGAAGUGAGCGUAAAGUUUAUAGAUUGAAAAAGGCAUUAUAUGGGCUAAAACAAGCUCCCCGAGCUUGGUAUAGCCGCAUUGAUGCUUAUUUCCAUAUGGAGAACUUUAAAAAAUGUCCAUAUGAGCAUACACUUUAUACAAAAAUUGAAGAUGGGAAGCUAGUUAUUGAAACUUUAGAGAGGUUUGGAAUGCAAGGUUGCAAUUCUGUCACGACACCAUCAGAGUUGGGACUGAAGUUGGCAAAGAAUCCUAUGGGAAAGCAGAUUGACAACACCUUUUUCAAGCAAAUCGUGGGAUGUUUGAUUUAUCUAACAGUCACCAGACCGGACAUAAUGUAUUCUGGUAGUCUUGUUAGCAGGUACAUGGAGCACCCAAAAGAGACUCAUUUGUUCGCUGCUAAAAGAAUUCUCAGGUAUGUGCAAGGUACCAGUGAUUAUGGUAUUUUAUAUAAGAAAGAAGGUAAAUCAGAGUUAAUUGGCUUUACGGACAGUGAUUUUGCUGGAGAUAAAGAAGAUAAGAAAAGCACUUCUGGUUAUGUGUUUAUGCUUGGAUCUAGAGCUAUAUCAUGGUGCUCCAAGAAGCAACCAAUUGUUACGUUAUCCACCACAGAAGCAGAGUUUGUAGCUGCAACUGUGUGUGCUACUCAAGCAAUUUGGUUGAAGAAGGUAUUGGCUGAGCUUCGUUUUCAGCAACAAUAA